CCCAGAACUCCAUUCUUCGACUUUCUUCACCUUCGUCUCUUCUCUGCCGCUGAUUUGCUAUUGACUGAAUAUUUUUGAGGGAACAAUGGCUGCUUCCUCGUCAUCUACAGCGGCAGAUUCAUCUGCUAUGGUGACGGAGCGACGAGGAAUACCUGGGGCUCAGUUUGUGGAGGACGUUCAGACUUAUCUCACGCAGUCAGGUCUCGAUGUCCAGUCCGCCCUUGCAUUCUUUCAAGAAAGACUACAGCAAUAUAAAGUAGUUGAAAUGAAGCUUCUUGCUCAGCAAAGGGAUCUGCAGGCAAAGAUCCCAGAUAUUGAAAAGUGCUUAGAAGUUGUUGCUACACUGAGAGCUAAGAAGGGUACUGGUGAGGAACUUAUUGCUGAUUUUGAAGUCUCAGAGGGCAUAUAUUCACGUGCUCGCAUAGAGGAAACUGACUCUGUCUGUUUAUGGCUUGGAGCCAAUGUUAUGUUGGAAUAUUCAGUAGAAGAGGCUACUGGUCUUCUCCAAAAGAACUUGGAAAAUGCUAAAGCCAGUUUAGAGGUUCUUAUCACCGAUCUACAGUUCCUGAGGGACCAGGUGACAGUGACUCAGGUAACAAUUGCCCGAGUGUAUAAUUGGGACGUGCAUCAAAGGAGAAUUCGACAAGCCACUGCUACAACUGCUGAGGACUCGUGAAAAAGGAAUUUUAUUGGCAUAUGGACCCAAAGCUUACCCUUUCAGUUGAGUGAUCCUUCUGGCCGGUCAUCCUCUAUCGUUGAUUUGGUCUUCCUGGCUUUUGUUCCUAAUUCUGGUUUCACCCCGGUAUAUUCUGCCGAAGUUAGGAACCAGUUUUGAAGCACGUAGGUUAAAAUUAUGGGCUCUGUAACAUUUGUGUAAUACCACAUUUAGGCAUAUGAACAUAUUUUUUUGUUUUGGUUUGAUCAUGUGGAUUUUCUAUCCGCAAUUUACUCUGCUUGUUUAAAAUCUGGAGUGGAUGCUAAUGUUAAUUAUCUAUGAGUAAUCUACUUUUGAAAUUCAACUUC